AUGGAUUUGCGAUCAUCAUGUAUGGUUCAGAUGACAACGUUAAGAUGGAUGAUAACGAUCACAAUGUUGAUGAUGAUGAGAGGAGGAGAAUCGAUGAGAUUGGAUCUGGAAUCAGGCAUGACCAAAUGCAUCGCCGACGACAUUAAAUUAAAUUAUCUGACUGUCGGAACUUACUCCGUCGUCAAUCCCAACGAAGCUCUCCAUCUUCCUGCUUCUCACAAAAUCAUUGUCACUGUGGCGUCACCUAAAGGGCACACUCAACACGAAGCAAGAGAUGUGGAGUCUGGGAAAUUCGUGUUCACGGCGGUGGAAGACGGAGAUUACACAACGUGUUUUAUUGCUCCUGUUUUUAAACCUCCGGCCAAAUUCGCCGUUGAUUUCGAAUGGAAAAGUGGCGUGGAGGCUAAAGAUUGGGCCACCAUCGCCAAGAGAGGCCAGAUCAACAUGCUGGAGGUGGAGGUGAGGAAACUACUGGACGUGACGGAGUCUAUACACGACGAAAUGUUUCUACUCCGGGAGAGGGAGCGGGAAAUGCAGGAGCUAAACCGGUCGACCAACUCGAGAAUGGCGGGUCUAAGUUUAUUCUCAUUGUUGGUUACGUUUUCGGUAGCCGGCAUACAACUGUGGCAUCUCAAGUCAUUCUUGGAGAGGAAGAAGCUUCUCUAAUCAAACAAGUUAUUUUUGCUUUUAUCAGAUUUUGAUGUUGUCCGUUUUAGCUUAUUUUUAAACUAAAUAAAUCACUUUCUCUACCUUGGAUUUUGAGAAUUUAACAUUACAUUUUCUGGCAAGCCUAAAAGUCAGAUUAUACAUAUUUCAAGCUAAUUAGAUAGCCUCAUGUUGAGAUUUCUUCUUCUUCGUUUAGCUGGUUGCAUAAUAGAAAUAGC